UUGACCACCCGAUCCAGCACCAUCCUCGUUUGACGAGCUUUUGGGUACCGCUCUGCCCCUGACAUUGGUGCGCCGUCGCUUUCGCAAAAGAUAUACCUUUCGUACCACACCACGAGGACUAUUUCUCCUCUUUCAACUCUCGGGAGCGCAACACCAAAACUCACGGCCCGAAACCUAAACCGACUCAUAUAGCUCACAAUGGACUACGACGCCCUGAAGGAGCAGUGGGGCGAGGUCGAGGACCGCGAUGGCGUCCGCCUGAGCUGGAACGUGUUUCCUAGCACUCGUAUGGAAGCGUCGAGAUUGGUCGUCCCCAUCGGCGCCCUCUACACGCCCCUCAAGGAGAAGCCCGACACUCCCCUGCUGCAGUUUGAGCCCGUCACCUGCAAGCAGCCAUGCCGCUCCGUUCUGAACCCUUUCUGCCAGGUCGACGUCCGCGCCCGCCUUUGGAUCUGCCCCUUCUGUCUUUCGAGAAACCCCCUCCCGCCGCACUACAAGGACAUCACGGCCAACGCCAUCCCGCCCGAGCUGCAUCCCUCCAACACGACCAUCGAGUACAGGCUGUCGCGGCCCGCCCCGAGCCCGCCGAUUUUCCUCUAUGUCGUGGACACGUGUCAGGAGGAGGACAGCUUGGCCGCCCUGAAGGAGUCGCUCAUCAUGAGCCUGAGCCUGCUGCCUGAGAAUGCGCUGGUCGGCCUGAUCACGUUCGGGACCAUGGCCCAGGUCCACGAGAUUGGCUAUACCGAGUGCGCCAAGUCGUAUGUCUUCAGGGGCAACAAGGAGUACACCGCCAAGCAGGUUCAGGAGAUGCUCGGCCUCGUGCAGCCGGCCAUGCGCCCGGGCAUGCCUCCCCACCACCAGCCGGGCCGGCCCAUGCCCAUGGGACCCGCCUCCCGGUUCCUGCUGCCGGUUGCUCAGGCCGAGUUCCAGCUCACCAAGGCCCUCGAGCAGCUGCAGAAGGACCCCUGGCCGACUACCAGCGACCGCAGAAACCUGCGCUGCACCGGCGUGGCUCUCUCGGUUGCCGUCGGCUUGCUCGAGACAUCCUUCCAAAACGCCGGCGGCCGCAUCAUGCUCUUCGCCGGCGGGCCGGCCACUGAGGGCCCCGGUAUGGUCGUCGGUCCCGAGCUGAGAGAACCCAUCCGGUCGCAUCACGACAUCGACCGCGACAAUGUCAAGUACUACAAGAAGGCGCUCAAGUUUUAUGACAACCUCGCCAAGAGGACCGCUCACAAUGGCCACACCAUUGACAUCUUCGCCGGUUGCCUCGACCAAGUCGGUCUCUUGGAGAUGAAAGGGCUCUGCAACUCGACCGGCGGCCACAUGAUUUUGACGGACAGCUUUACCUCUUCCAUGUUCAAGCAGUCGUUCAUCCGCAUCUUCGAGAAGGACGGCGACGAUAACCUCCUGAUGGGCUUCAAUGCUGUGCUCGAGGUUCUGACAACCAAGGAGCUGAAAGUCACGGGCCUUAUCGGCCAUGCCGUGUCUUUGAACAAGAAGUCAACCUCGGUAGGCGAGACCGAGUGCGGCAUCGGCAACACCUGCUCUUGGAAGAUGUGCGGCAUCGACCCCAGAUCCAGCUACGGCAUCUACUUUGAGAUUGCCCAGGGCGGCCCCUCGCAGCACCAGCAGAGCCCCCAGAAGGGCAUGAUACAAUUCCUGACCUACUAUCAACACUCGUCCGGCCAGUACCACCUCCGCGUCACCACGAUCGCCAGGAACCUCAGCGGGCCAGCCGGCGACCCGGCCGUUGCGCAAUCCUUCGACCAAGAAGCCGCGGCUGUCUUGAUGUCCAGAAUCGCCGUCUUCAAGGCCGAGGUCGAUGAUAGCCCGGAUGUCCUCCGCUGGGUGGACAGGAUGCUCAUCAGGCUCUGCUCGAGAUUUGCCGACUACCGCAAGGACGACCCGUCGUCCUUCCGCCUCGAGAAGAACUUUACCCUGUACCCCCAGUUCAUGUUCCACCUGCGGAGAAGUCAGUUCUUGCAAGUUUUCAACAACUCGCCCGACGAGACAGCCUUCUACAGGCACGUGCUCAACCACGAGGACGUCAGCAACUCGCUGAUCAUGAUUCAACCCACGCUUGACUCCUACACCUUCGACCAGGAGGGCGGACAGCCGGUGCUGCUGGAUUCCACGUCCAUCCAACCAACCCACAUCCUCCUCCUCGACACCUUCUUCCACAUUCUCAUCUUCCACGGCGAGACGAUUGCCGAGUGGAGGAAGGCAGGCUACCAGGAUCAAGAGGGCUAUGAGAACUUUGCUGCUCUCCUCGAGCAGCCAAAGGAGGAUGCCAGGGAUCUCAUCACCGACCGCUUCCCUCUGCCACGCUUCAUUGUAUGUGAUCACGGCGGCUCGCAGGCGCGUUUCUUGCUGUCCAAGCUCAACCCGUCAACCACACAUACCUCGGGCGCCGGAGCCUAUGGUGGGGUUGGUGCGCAGAGCGCGCAGACCAUCUUUACCGACGAUGUGUCUUUGCAAACAUUCAUGGAGCAUCUCAUGAAGCUAGCGGUGAGCGGCACAAAUUAGAUAACCAACUAGAUCUUGGAUGCGUCUGGGCUGCGAGACCAAAGGUGGGGGGGGGGGGGGAAGGGGGUGUUUGGUUGUGAAGGAGAGAGAGCGU